GAUGACGUCACGGGGAUAACGUUUGACGAACAGUUUCAAAACCGAAAACAGCGGAUAACUCGAGAAACAACUCCUCAAACCUCCCGGAGACGACCAGACACGAACACAGCCCACCUUAUCCGCCUACCGGAACACCGGGGAGAGCGGACGACCUCCGGUUUCCGGCUCUGCAUUUGACGGAAGCUAACGUUAAGUAGCCCCGGGAGCUAACUAGCUUAGCGAGUUAGCGACAGAAGCUCAACAUCUGUUGUUAUGGAGAACAAAUAUAACCUCAAGAGUCCAGCUGUGAAGAGGCUGAUGAAAGAGGCUGCGGAGCUGAGGGACCCCACGCAGCACUACCACGCCCAGCCACUGGAGGAUAACCUCUUCGAGUGGCACUUCUCCGUCCGCGGACCCCCGGACUCUGAUUUCGACGGCGGCGUUUACCACGGCAGGAUCGUGCUCCCCCCGGAGUACCCCAUGAAGCCCCCCAGCAUCCUGCUGCUCACGCCCAACGGGAGAUUCGAGGUGGGAAAGAAGAUUUGUCUGAGCAUCUCUGGCCACCAUCCGGAGACCUGGCAGCCGUCCUGGAGCAUCCGAACCGCCCUGAUAGCGAUCAUCGGAUUCAUGCCCACAAAGGGAGAAGGAGCCAUCGGAUCCCUCGACUACACCCCGGAGGAGAGGAGGGCCCUCGCCAAGAAGUCCCAGGACUUCAGCUGCGAGGCGUGUGCCUGCUCCAUGCGCUCCGCCCUGCUGGCUCUGACCCCCGACAGCAACCCCAGCGCAGAGGACCCCCAGGCCCACGAGCUGGCCCAGCAGAUCCACUUCAAGGCCGAGUCCAGUUCGUCCAGACAGCCGAGUGAGAGCGGCGGUGCAGAAAGCGACCCCGCCUCCACGCCUGCGGGCCGGGAGGAGUCCGAAGGGCCCGAACAGGCAGAGACGUCUCCACCCACGGUGCCGGAGGAGGCCCCGCCCCCGGCGGCGCCCCCCGGCCCCGGCCGCCCCCUCAGCCCGCGGCAGCGCCGCGCCCAGCGGCACAGACAUCACACCACCCCCAGCCGGCCGGCCUUCGCCGCCGCCGCCCGCCAGCCGCGGGACGUCGGCCGCGCCGGCUCGGUGGUCCUCAUCGUGGUGCUCACCUUGGCCCUCGCCGCGCUCAUCUUCCGCCGGGUCUACCUGGCCAACGAGUACAAGUUUGACUACGAGCUGUGACCCCCCCCCCCCGCCCGGCCCCCUCUAGCCCCCCUCCCCCUUCUUUACCCCUCCCCCUCUUUUCCCCCUUGCAACCACCUGAACAUUAAACUCUGGCCAGCCGACGUGGAGCCGAGGUGAUUGGCCGACAGACUUUUCUGAACCUCCCACGCUCGCCACCGGCGGGUUCGGGCUCCUGCAGAAUAGCCGCAACCCCCCCCCCCCCCACACACACACACACACACACACACACCCCCGAGGUGUCUUUUUAAUCUAAAUGUGAAUUUUACCCUCCAGAGUGUCGUGCGUUUUCUUUUUCUUUCUUUUUUUAAACGGGAUCAGUUCAGCAGACACACACACACACGCACAUAAACACACACACAUAUAUACACAUACACACACAUACACACACGCACGCACAUAAACACACACAUAUAUACACACACAC